AUGGCCGACUCGUCUCAAGGUUGGUGGAAGCUAACGUUCCUGAGGAGGAAGAAGUCCCAGCCGAAGGUUCUGUACGAGAUCCCAGCAGAGUUCGUCUCCAACUCGUCCUCCUCCGGCCAACAUGGUUCCAGUUCAGCCUCAGGAGCUCCAGAGGACGCCAUGCUGGACCCCCAGCUGGACGCCCGGCUGGAGAGGAUCGUGGACAAAACAACGGCCAGCAAGGGACGCCACGUCAAGGUGUCUCACUCCGGGAGGUUUAAGGAGAAGAAGAAGGUGCGAGCCACACUGGCGGAGAACCCGGACAUGUUUCCUGGAAGCGACCCGGAAAGAAAUGAGAACCAGAGAGCUGGGAAAUGA